GGUAUCGAGCGCUUUCAAAAAAAUUCUGCAUUUGAGUAGUAGUACGCCUUCACGUUGAAGGAUGUCCACUGCGCCUAGUGUCCUAUCUUCUGCUCCGUUGCUUGACCAACUAUCACUGACAGCUGACAAACAACCCGAAAGCCUUUAUUCAGGAAAUUCCGAUGCACAAAAUGCCGCUCUUCAAGCAGCUAAAUUCGUCUUCGAUUUGUCGGUGCAAUCGGAAACCAUUUGCAAACCAUAUUUGGAGACGCUCCUGGCUGCUGUAAGCCCAUCGGAGGCACCGCAAACGCGGUCACAAGCACGGAAGCGAAAACGAAGCCCUGACCCUCUCUCUCUGGAAGUCGUUUUCAAAACGACGCCCGUUGAUUCCUUGUUCAUCGAGGGUAUGGAUGAUGAUCAGAUUUGGUCUCAGCUAGAUCUUCGGACCAACAAUAUCUGUGAAGUUUUGGAUAAGAUCUUGGACAAGGAGCCUGACGAGGAAGACUUGGAAAAAGAAGAUUCAGGCUUUGAAGAAGGGGAUGACGAGGAGGAUGAUGAAGAAUUCGACGAAAAAUUAGAAGAAGCUAUCAGACGCAUGAAAAGUGGAGAGGAUGUUGAUUUCGCUGAGCUCGGCUUGGAUGAAUCUUUGAAAGAGCUCGUUCUCGAAGGUGCAUUCGACGAUGACGAAGAUGAUAGUGACCUGGACGACGAUGGAGAAGAAGAGGGCGAUAGGUCGAUCGACAGCGAAGAUGACAACGUCGAAGAAGAGGUCGCGUUGCGGGACUCCUCAUCCGACAGGGGAGAUGUUAUCACUCGUAAGAGUUCCAUUCAAAACAGAAAGCGGGCUCGUCCUGGUCACCCAGAACUGGACGAUAGUUUCUUUGACCUGAAUGCGUUCAAUUCUCAGACGGAGCAAUUCGAAGCCAAGAAUGCUUCAUCUGGUAUUCUUGAUGACGAGAAUCAAGAAUACGCGGAAGAAGAGGUAGACCUGUUUGCUCCUAUCGAUCUCCAAGAGGGGGAGGAUUCGGAUUCGGAAAAUAAUAGUAACAUGCUGUACUAUAAUGACUUUUUCAAACCACCUAAGCAAUCCAAACAACCUUUGAAGCCAACAACAGUGCGGUUUCGUGAUGAAGUCCGUGUCAAGAAGAUCAAGGCUCAAGGAAAGAAUUUGCCACUGUCAGGUCUGUAUGGUGAUGAUGAGGAAGAGGAGGAGGAGGAAGAAGAAGAAGAGGAAGAAAACAUUGCAUGGGCCGGUGACGGUUCGUCGGAGGACGAAGAUGCCGAUAUGGGGGUGGAGGAUGAGGACGAUGGUGACGGCUCAGAACAUUUUGCAGAUCAUCAGAGAGACGCAAUAUCUCGGGUAAAGGACGACUUGUUUGCAGAUGAUGAACACGAAGAACCACAAAAAGAUCUUUCGACUCACGAAAAGCGAAUGGCUGCUCUUAAAAGACAAAUAUUAGAGCUCGAGACGGAGAAUGUUGGGCCUAAGGAUUGGGUUCUCAUGGGAGAAGCAGAUUCACGUUCAAGACCUCAGAAUUCCCUACUAGAAGAAGACUUAGAGUUCGACCGGGUGAUGAAAGCAAUUCCAGUGAUUACCGAAGAGGUCGUCAAGAGCUUGGAAGAGCGAAUCAAAGCCAGAAUCCUCGAAAAUCGGUUCGACGACGUUGUACGAAUUCGUCCUCUAGAUGAUAAACCAUUCCUUCCUUCUCGCUUCUUCGAUUUGAAGGAUACGAAGUCGACGCAAUCUUUGGCUCAGAUAUAUGAGGAUGAGUACGUCGCCGCUCAAACAGACGGUGUCAAAGGGGAUGAUCGUGAUGGAAAGCUCAAAAAAGAGCAUGAAGAAAUAGAAAGGCUCUGGGAGAGCAUCAGCUACAAGUUAGAUGCUCUGUGCAACACUCAUUUUACCCCGAAACAGCCGAAAGCUACAAUAUCCACGGUUUCAAACGUGUCUACUGCCACAAUGGAGUCUGCAUUGCCAACCACUCAGUCUGUCAGCACGAUGCUUGCCCCUGAAGAGGUCUUUGCGCCUUCUUCAUCCACUCUCCGCGCUAGAAGCGAACUCACUCCUGCUGAAAAGCAGUCUCUGCGUCGGAAGGAGAGAAAGGCCAAGAAAAAGACACGAGACGCCCUCAAUCUAAGUACCGACAAGUAUGCGAGAGCGCACAAGGGUGGUAGCCUCAAGAAGCAGAAGGAGGAUGCACUGAAAAGUGUCGUGAAGGCUGGAAAGGGGGUGACUGUUGUGGGCAAGAAGAAGAAGGAUAUUCUGGGAAAGAAAGAUAGAAAUCACAAGCAGUCUAAUGGUUCAUAGAACUGAGCAAGGCUAUAAGACUGAUACACAUCUGCUUCCAAUUUCCUAAAUAGUAACUAGAGAGGCGCGAUUUUUACUUUUAUCAUGACUACCUCUAGACUGUAAUAUGUCCAUAACUUUGGCCUCUGGAUUACGUGGAUAUAAUGCCCUUGAUACUCAAGUACGAUACGCCCAGAUGUAGCGGCC